GGUACUUAUAGUAAACAAUGUCAUGCAUGGAAACUAAGUCGUCCGUGUCUGGCUAGCGCGAGCAGGCUCGAUGAAUAUGCAGAUGCCUCUCCUGCUCAGCCUUGCUCUGCGUGGCGCGGCCAAGCCUUUUUGCCGGGACGGGUCCACUCUUCUACAACACUGGCAGAGUUACAAUGGAGCGCGGGGCCUCGACCGCUGGCUUGAAUAUGCCAAUACAUAUUCGCACCACAUACCAUCACCACUUGGCAGGACGUCUACAGUGCGUAUGCUGGAGGUCGGAGUCCAAAGCGGUGGGUCUGCGGUGGCCUGGAAGACGUGUUAUGGUACCUUGCUGCGCUACGUCGGAGUCGACAUCGACCCGCGGUGCGCGCGAUCCCGGAACGAGAGUGCCGGGGUCUUCGUAGAAAUUGGUUCCGUCUUCGACAACGCAUUCCUUAAGGAGGUGUGCAGAAGGCACGGACCCUUUGAUGUCAUCAUCGAUGACGGCGGCCACACGGCGGCGAUGGUAAAGGCGACCAUCUCGGCACUAUUCGACGAUGACUCUUGCAUGGCGCCGCAAUCGGUCUACGUGGUCGAAGACCUCAUGGUCAUGGCGCGCUGCGGAGGCGACAAAUCAUACUGCGAGGCGCCCAGCGACUUCACGAAGCUACCAAGCAGCGCCUUUGAGUCAAUGCACGACUACUGGUUUAAGACGCGGGACGCGACGCAACCGGCACCCAGCAUCUUCGGUGGCAGUUUGCACGCCAUCCAUUUGUACGACUCUAUUGCCUUCUACGUGCGCCGGGCUCCGCAAUCGCGCUUGACGCGCAUUAAACUCGGCACCGACUGGUUUCCGAACGAAGAGGCCAAACUCAACCGCGUUGACACGUACGCUGCUGCGGCAGCCCCAGGCACCGCUGCCCCCAGCGAAACUGAGUAGUAAUACGAGUAUAGAUAAAUAUCAUUGAAAUAAUAACGCCCCGGC